GGCGAACGCCGCCGAGCCCGGCCGGCCGCGGUCCGGGGUCACGGACGGCGCAUGCGCCGCGAGGGAGCGCAAUCUCGGACGCGGCUUGCGGCUACCGGCUUGAGAAAGGAAACCCCGGACGGCGAGAGCGCGAAGGAAAUCUGGCCGGCCCGCGUGCGCGCUCCCGUGCAAGAAAAGCACAAGAAGCAAAGUUUUACAGUGCCCUGCUCCCCGAAACCAAAGUACAGAGAUGACAGUAGUAUUUUUGAUGGAUUGGUGGAAGAAGAUGACAAGGACAAAGCAAAAAGAGUAUCUAGAAAUAAAUCUGAGAAGAAGCGUAGAGAUCAAUUUAAUGUUCUCAUUAAAGAAUUGGGAUCCAUGCUUCCUGGUAACGCUAGAAAGAUGGACAAAUCUACUGUUUUGCAGAAAAGCAUUGAUUUUUUACGAAAACAUAAAGAAAUCACUGCACAGUCAGAUGCUAGUGAAAUUCGACAGGACUGGAAACCUACAUUCCUUAGUAAUGAAGAGUUUACACAAUUAAUGUUAGAGGUAUGUUCAGAUUUAAUUUUUGAAAGCUUUAUUUUCCUCGAAAAAGAAAUCAUA